AAUGCAUUGUUUUGCACGCGUUCUUCGAUGGUUUUACACUUACUUUGUGAUGAAUAUCAGUUAGUUUAUUGUAAUUCUGCACUGACACCUUGAACUCAUCCUCUUCGGCACCACUUGUGUCAACAGUUGGCAAUUGCAAUGGCAUCGAGUUCGACGAAUUCGCCAACGGUUCCGGAGGCGGAUGUGGAGGCUGCUGUGCAGCAGAUUGUGGACUUGGCACAGGAGAAGUCUGGCACACUGUCCAACAAUGAUCUCACGGAAUCCUUCCCGGACAUGUCGCGCACCCUGCAAUUGGCUGCAAUCAACCGAAUGCUGCAGCAGGGACAGAUGGAGGUGCUCAAGAAGGGCGACCAGCUGGUUUAUCGCCUCAAGGAUCCAGCGAAGAAGGCAUCCGCCCCGAAGGGAGCUGACAAUGAGGAGAAGAUCGUGUACAGCAUCAUCGAGGAGGGUGGCAAUCAGGGCAUCUGGAUCCGAGACAUUCGGCAGAAGAGCAAUCUGAUCAUGGCGCAACUUAACAAGAUCCUCAAAAGUCUCGAGAACAAGAAGCUCAUCAAGGCGGUGAAGUCGGUGAAUGCGAACAGGAAGAAAGUCUACAUGCUGUACAACGUCGAUCCGGACAGAUCAGUGACGGGAGGCGCAUGGUAUCAGGAUCAGGACUUUGAAUCAGAGUUCGUGGAUGUGCUGAAUCAACAAUGUCUGAGAUUCCUGCAGAUGCGCAGUGAGACUGCGGGGAAGGACAAUGAGGGACCUCUGCUGGCGAAGCAAAAAUCCCUCUGCUCCGUCGGGGAUGUGCACAAGUUCAUCUCCGAUCUGGGCAUCAGCAAAGUCAAUCUGGACGAAGAGGAUCUCAAGACAAUUCUCAAGACUAUCGUGUACGAUGGCAAGGCGGAGAGCGUGCAGAUGGACGGAUUCACUCUCUACAGAUCUAUUGUUCCCGCCUUGCCACCGCCAGGACUCGUUCAGAUGCCCUGCGGCAUCUGCCCGGUCAUCUACAAUUGCUCCACGAAUGGGCAUGUCACGCCAAAAACCUGCCUCUACAUGAUAGAUUGGCUGAAUAAUUGAUUUUACCAGCAAUAAAUUUUACUGGGGCUUUAAUUAAGACUUUAAGUAUCGAAUUUCGACUUUUUCUGUUUCUCAAGCGCGCCCAAUAAAAUUGACUAUCAUUGCGCAGUGGAAUAUUGCAUUCGCGAGAUAUGAAAUAAUAAUGAAUAUUUUCAUUUCAAUCACACACGAUUCUGUGGUAAAAAUCGAAAUUCUGGCACGUAUGGGUGUCGUUAUGCCUAUAGUUAUACAGCAUGCAUGCUUUGCAUAAAUAUUUUGUCGCCUCAAUAGUGUUCAUCUACAAUAGUUGAAAACGCUUGUAGUUAUUCUCCUCCAUUUAUUUUAAUGACACCGUCUGUUGUGGAGCGCAAGUUGGUAAAUUAGGUGUAAAACACGCGUCUCUGCCGCCGCGUGUCUUGAGGAAUAUCUCACAUACGCGCCAAAAAGAACGCAUAUAGUGAGGAUAAGAAAAAUGUUGUGGACGGAAAAUUUGCAUUUAAUGCCAAAACAGAGAGAGAAGAUCGUUAAGGUGCCAUCGCCGAAUGACAAACAAAUCCUUGAGGUAUGUCGAAGAAGAACAAUAAAAUUAUGAUUAUUAUGCUACUUUUUGUUGUGUCUUCACGCAAACACAAUCAGAAUAUUU